GGAUACUCAAACUUGAACAUCCCAACCUCGCAGAAGGAUACGCGUGUGGAGGAAGUAUUGUUUGUCGGUGCACACGAAAUUCUUGCAAACAGACACAAUGAAGCCCAAGUUUGGAAACGACUUGACAAAUGUUAUCCUGCGACAGUCCCAGGUGGUGCAGACUCGGAUGGCGGGGAGGGCCGUCAUCAAAGUGGUCAACAGGUGCAAUGACGCCAAGGAAAACAACAGCCUCAACUUGAGCGAAUGCCAGCUGUGUCAAGUGCCGGACGCUGUGUUCCACCUGAUGAGAAACACACCGCUCACCACGUGCAACCUCUCCGGAAACCUACUCUCCAAGAUUCCUCCCAAGUUUGCCCUCAAGUUUUGCCUCAUAACAGAGUUGAAUGUCUCCCACAACAAGAUGUCAAAGCUGCCCGAGGAACUGGCAGACUGUGUGGAGCUGCAGCGCCUCGAUCUAAGCCAUAACUCUUACGUCAACCUUCCCUCCGUGGUGUUCCGGCUGCCCAAGAUCAAGGCCAUCUAUGCUAACAACAACUAUAUCAUGGAUAUUGAAGUCGAGGAAGUUCAGAGAGCAAAAACCUUGGAAGAGUUUGACAUCACUGAAAACCCCCUGACACCAAAGAGUCAUGAUGGCCUUAGUGCCGUGACCAACCUCAGGAUAAAGCUUACCCCGCGAGAGCUGGAGGAGUGGGAAGACCUCAAUGUCUGAGUGCACUAUCAUUCCUCAGGGUCCUCACCUAGCGCCCUUCAACCUUGUGAACUGUGGAUGUCAUCAGAGCCUGGCAUGUGAAAGUGCUAACCUGUGAAAGAAGCACAUCUCAGGCAAGAUGUUUUAUGGUACUAUUCACUGUCGCCUCCUCAGAACAUACCAUUAUGAUGUAACUGAUAUAAUGGGCAUCAGCAAUUUGUAAUGAUGGGUUUAACAUAUAAAGGCUUUACCUUACUAGUUUCAUGCAGCGAAAGAUAUGGUGAUUAAAUAUCAACUUCAUGAUGUGAUGUGGAGUAGAAGUAUUGUGAACAUCCAGUAUUUUAAGAGAUAAUAUUUGCAAAAGGGGACUUUGUGUUGACUGCAAUUGUGAAAUCUUGCAAUGAAAAUGAUAAUUUUAUACAUCUGAAGCUUAAGAUUACAAUUCUUUUUGAAGGUGUUCUCCAUUCAUAUUCCUGUGUAUUGAAGUUCAUAGGUAUUGUGAUUGAGGUUAAGUAUUUUAUUUUUGCAAGAAGCCCAAGUUCAUUGUUGUGUCUUGUUACUGUUAUCUUUUAUAUGUGAGGCAGAAGGGUGAUUAUUUAUAUAAUUGUACUUCAUAUCCUUUUAUUGUUUUAGUGAUUAAAAAAAAAAUCUGACUAUCAUAAGCAGGGCCAUAAUUCACUGCCAUAAUGCUGACUGCAAUUACUACACACAUAUGGUAUACUGUAUCUGUUACUCCAUUGCAUAACAAGUCUCUUUCUUUUAGACAAAACACAUGAUAUGAUCCCAAAAUAUCAAAGGCAGCUGAUAAUUUGACAUAUGUCAUCUUUUUGAAAGGCAAAUUUAAUGGUUGCCUGAAGAAAGUAUGCUGUGGUUUUUCACCUUUUGUCAGUUUGCUAAGGUGCACAACAACUGUAUGUUUAGUGUUGAGUCCCUUGUUUUCUUGGUCACUUCUGAAGAUUUUAUCUUCCAUCUCAAAAUUAUUCAAACAUGUCUUGCUAGACAAAAAUAGAUGUUCUUCAUACCAACACAGCUUUUCCAUUGCUACAGUGGCUCACAUGGGUCCUAGCUGGCUUAAGGAACUCUAUGGUAUCUACCAUUCAUCACUAUCACCAUCAUCAUCAGCCAUACCAUAGCGCCUUGUCACUAAUUCCUGUUGCAUCUUCUCAAAUAGUGUUUCUGCUUUUCAUUUUCACAUGCCCAUAUCAACAUGAAAGAAUACUAAACAAGCUAAAGAAGUUAAAUGCCAAGCAGUAACUUGUCUAUUGUAUUGGUUUUCAUGAUAUUAGGAAAUGUAUUUCCAAAUGUAAAGUAGGUUAGUGAGGUUUUUACAUAAUGAAUUGCUUUGAUAAAUAAGGGUAUUGAAUUCUUGAUGUUUGAAAAAAAAAAAUACUGUAGAUUAUGAAUAUUUUCAUUGGCAUAGUACUCUUCAGUACUUUAUUCAGUGUUUGAUAAAAUUACUAGAGCUCUGAUACUGCUCUACUAGGUCUCUGGUUGCAAGACUGUUAAUCUUUGAUGAAACUUCAGAUCAGUGCUUGAGAGGAGGGGUCAUAUUUGCUGCCAGUAGUGAUACAAGAUUGUGUGGCAGGUGAUGUCUUUCACAGUAACUCUAGAACUAACACAGUAUCUAGUCACAGGUUGGGAUGUAUAUAUUGUAUUAUAUAUCAUGCAUUUGGUGGUGGACUUGUUGUAUAUUAUUUUAUUUUUAUGUGUUGUGUAUGUAAACUUUUUCAAAGAAUCAUGUUAUACUGAGUGGUUAGCUAACAUGACCAGUCAGGAAAAAAGUGAUAGACUAACUAUAGUUGCUUAUAGAGUAAUUUUCCCCAAUAACACUGCUAACAUGGAAACUAUUGUCUUGUAAAAUACCAUAGAUGUAAACCACUUGCAUUCCGUAAGAUUUGUCUUUGUAUUUUUUUCGAUACUUCAACUUUUAUAUUGUAGUUUCUAACUGAUAUGAUAUGCUAGUCUGUGUCAACUGCCCUGCCUGCUGACUACAGACCACAGUAAAAGCUCACCAUGAAGAAGACCCAUGGAUUCAGUUAGUCAAAGUUUACCAUUAUAGCUUUAAGACAUAGCAUGUGUUGGUUUGAGCCAAAAACGUGUAUGUAAUAGAAUAUUAAUCAGGACUCAUGUAACUCACUGAUAAUUCCAACUUAGCAUCGAUCAUGUAUGAAUCUAAAGCUAUGGUUAUUCCAAGACACCCAUGUAAGGCUGGGCAUCAAGCUCAGUGUGUGAGACAUUUCCAUCCGAUGAGAAUUCUGUUAUGCUGGACUGAAUGAUAUUUAUUGGCCUGGAUCAGUAUUCCUCCAGCUGAUAUUGGUUAAAUUUUUUGGAUAUCAUGAAUCUAAUGUUUAUUGAACUUCAUAGUUUCCUACUGUUUGCUUGCUUACCUAUAGUGUUAAGUAAUGGGAAGUGGAAAUAGUUGACACUAACUGCUGAGUGUAAUGUUAACAGUAUGUAUUUCACUCAAAGAAAUUAUUUAAACAUUUUUUUAUAGGUUAUUUAAUGAACAGAUUGGAUGUGCAAUUCUUUUAAAACUGCUUUAACCUAAGGCUUUAUAAAUGAAGAAGUUAUAUAUAUAUAUUUACUGUAUGUAUAUGUAUAUACUAUUAGAAUAAGUUUUACGUUGAAAGAUGUAUUACUUAUUGUUAGAGUUUAGAGAGAUUUUUUAUACUCGAAUACAUUUACUAUAAGAUAGAAA